AUGGAGGCAAGUACUGAAAAUAUCAGGAAGAUGUAUACCCUAGGCUACAAAAAUUAUACAGUGAGCCAUCUUGCAAAGCGUACAGAACUGGCCCGUACUUUAAACAGUCGAAAAUGUGUUCUGAAAGAACUGGAAUCACUGGGGAAAGCACUGUAUGGAGCAAAAUUAAUUGCCCAAAGAUUUCAAGUUCGAAACUGUUCUCACCACAAGGAUCCUGUGAGUGGUUCGGCCUGUUUACUUUCCAUGAUUGAAGAAGGCAACCCUCAUCACUUCUUUAUCGCUACACAGGACCAGGAUUUAGCAAAGAAAGUGAAAAAGAAGGCUGGCGUUCCUCUCCUCUUUAUUAUUCAGAACACUAUGGUGCUAGACAAACCUUCCCCUAAAUCUUUGGCAUUUGUUCAAACGUUGCAGACGAAUCAGCUUGUUCCAGAGCACCAAAAACAAAGUAUUGUGCAACUUAAACAAAAAGAAGGACUAGCAAAGCAGGCAGGAGAAAAGAGAAGAAAACGUAAAAGGGCAGGCGGCCCCAAUCCUCUCAGCUGUCUGAAGAAAAAAAAGAAGAAAACACAGGAGGGUCAGGAGCCUUCUGCUGAAAAGAAGAAAAGAAGAAAAAGAAAGCGAAACAGGGUUAAAGCAGAAGCUGUGCAGUCAGUGCAGAAGAAUGAAGAAGAAUAAACCCAUCCGUGAAAAGAAUGCAGGACUUGAACAUUGUUUGACCUUUGCAAAAAGAAAGAUUAAUAUGCAAUCAUGUGAAAACAAGUUGUUGAUAUUAAAACUUAUUU